CAGAGGCCUAGGCCUCUGGCCAAGGCAGGAGGGUGCAUGGGAGUCUGGGGCCCCUCCCCGGGUCCAGCCCCCGGUACUGGGAGUCGGGCUUGCUCAAGUCUGUGCAAUCCUACAGCUGUGUCACCUGCCAGAGCCCUGCCCUGGACGAGACGGGCGCGAAGCACCCACGAAGCAGGAACAGCGGCAGCAGCAGGAGCCGCAGGAAUCCCCCAGAAAAAGAAACAAAAACCAACUUCACCUCCUCCCCUGCCCGUGCUGGCCUGUUGGCAGGAGCCGGAGCAUGCACCCGGGUGCCUGCGUCUGUGUUAUUGCCUGUGGGUGGCAAAUGCUAUGCCGCCAACGACAACUGGCUGUAGAAAAGGAAUGCAAACCUUCCCGAUGGACGAACUCAGUGAAGGAAAUGACAGUUUUGCCAUCAAGUUAUUAAAGAUGUUGGGGGAAGCAGAAAAGUCACAAAAUGUGUUCUUCUCCCCCCUGAGCAUCAGCUCUUCCCUAGUCAUGGUCUACCUAGGGGCAAGAGGAGACACUGCAGCUCAGAUGUCACAGGUCCUUUGUGUGAACAAAGAUGGAGAUGUCCACCGAGGUUUCCAGUCACUUCUCACCAAAAUUAAUAAAACUGGCGCUCAGUACUUGCUCAGAAUUGCCAACAGACUCUUUGGAGAAGAAACAUGUGACUUCCUUUCAUCCUUUAAGGAAUCCUGUCGGAAGUUUUACCAGGCUGAGCUGGAGGAGCUGUCCUUUGCUAAGAACACUGAAGAGUGCAGGAAACACAUAAAUGACUGGGUGGCAGAAAAGACAGAAGGUAAGAUUUCAGAGGUACUGGGUGCUGGGACAGUUGGUCCACUGACUAAGCUGGUCCUCGUCAAUGCUGUCUAUUUCAAAGGAAAGUGGAAUGAGCAAUUUGACAGGAAGCACACAAGAGGAAUGCUAUUUAAAACUAGCAAGGAGGAAAAGACAGUGCAGAUGAUGUUUAGGAGUGCGAAGUUUAAAAUAAGGUAUAUAGAGGAAGUGCAUACCCAGGUCCUGGAGCUGCCCUACGCAAAUGAAGAGCUGAGCAUGAUCAUCCUGCUGCCUGAUGACAACACUGACCUCACUGUGGUGGAAAAAGCACUUACAUAUGAGACAUUUAGAGCUUGGACUGAUCCAGAAAAGAUGACAAAGAGUAAAGUUGAAGUAUUCCUUCCCAAACUAAAGCUGGAGGAGAGUUAUGACUUGGAAUCCUUUCUUCAACAUUUAGGAAUGACUGAUGCCUUUGAGGAAACCAAGGCUGACUUCUCUGGAAUGUCAACUAGGAAGAAUGUACCGUUGUCCAAAAUUUCCCACAAGUGUUUUGUGGAGGUCAAUGAGGAAGGCACAGAGGUGGCUGCGGCCACUGCUGUGGUCAGGAAUACUCGGUGCAGCAGAAUGGAACUGAGAUUUUGUGCAAACCAUCCUUUCCUUUUCUUCAUUAGGCACAAUGAAACCAACAGCCUCUUGCUUUGUGGCAGGUUCUGCUCUCCAUAAAGUGGUUUGGAUGCUGUACUUGCCUAAUCCAGUCUUAAUUAAAAAUUCCUUAUGACAAAAUUGAUGGUGUGGCUUUAACGCUAAAAUAAAGGGUGUGCACCUUGGUACUUUUGUGAAUGUCUUUGCUGUAGGCUCCAAAACUACUCAGAACAAACAUGGCUUCAGAUGUAUGAAGUCUGGUGCUGAGACAGCAAUGCUUCUUUUGAGGUAUUUGUGAUUCUUAUCAUUGUCUCCAUUUUCAACAAAAUUCUGUUCCCCUGCUUGUGGGCAUCUUUGGGAGCAUCUCAAGGAUCCACAAACUAGUCCUUGACAUGCUCUUCCAACCUAUGAUGACCUCCAAGAUUUGCCCGUCUGCUAGGCUCACCCAGCCCCAAUAAACACAAAGCCAGGGGUGAAUACUAUAAACACUGUAUUCACCCACUGUCUCACAGACAGCUGAGAGAGUGUCUCUGCCUCCAUACUACCAAAGAUAAGGUCCUGCAUAUCCCUGUCUAGUACAGUUCCUCAUGAAAAUAGCUUCUUUAGUUUAUCCCAUAUGCCCCAAGGCUCAACAAUGAGGUUCAGGAUUGGGCUAGCACAUCUCUGAGAUGUGCCAAGUCAUUAUCUUCAUUCUUCUUCCCUCUGAAACACGCUCCACCCCACAAAUGUUCACAUCAAACAAUUAUUGGAAGCAAUGACCCCUCUAGUUAAUUAAAUUUGUAUAUGCUCAGACAUGAGUCAAGCACACCUCUCACUUAAGAAAGGAUCUGCCUACUUUUUAUUUUCUAACUAAACAAAUAAUUUGUAUUGUGGUAGCAAUUUGAAAACCAUAGAAAAGUUUAAGUUAAAAAAUAAGAAGCAACAAUUUCACCACCCAACAAUGAUCACUAUUAAUGGUAAUUUCCAUCUUUCCUCAUUCUGUGUAUGAAAUAUAGAUUUAUAAGUAUUAUAACACAAGUUAAUCAUAUACUUCUCUAGCUUAUUUCCACUUUUCCUUACUAUAAGCCUUUCUCAAGAUAAUUCUUUUUCUAGGUUAUGAAUUUGCAUAGUUUUCUACUAUAUGACUGUCAUUUUCUUAUGGAAUCUACUUAGACAACUUAAAUAACUGAAAUUGUUUAUAUUAUAUACCACACUGUUAUGACUAUGCAAAGAAUUUGCUCGAAUUUUUAAUAUUUAUUAAGAAAUAAUGUUAGAAUGUUACUGUCAACUUAAAAGUUGGGCAUAUUUUGGGUUUUCCAAAUUGAUCUCCAAGGAGUUAAUUUGCACACCCACUUAUGUUACCAUUUACACUUACACUAACUUAUUUUGACUUUUUUUAUGAGUUAGAGUGAAUAGUGGUUACAGCUGACCCAUUUUUGGUACACAAUUAAUAAUUACAUGAAUCAUGCAUAUUAGAGUUCUUACUUAAAAUUCACAAAGCUAGAAUAUAUUCUUAGUUAGGUUACACUCACUUCAAGGGCAACAUAUUUCCAAACCAGAUUUGGCCAAAAAAUUAAUUCAUAGAACUGGAACGUGUGUAUCUGUGUAUUUUGAUCUUGCCUCCAUUUUGACUUGUUUUUAGAGAUUUAUUUUAUUUGAAAGGCAGAAUUGGGGGUGGGGAGAGUUCCAUUUUCUGGAUUACUCCCCAAAUGGCCCCAAUGGCCAGAGGUGGGCCAGACCUAAGCCAGGAACCAGGAGCUGCUUCUGGGUCUCUCACAUGGGUGCAGGGGCCCAAGCUGUUGGGUCAUUUUCUGCUGUUUUCCCAGGUACAUUAGCAGGGAGCUGUGUUGAAAGUAGAGCAGUAGGGACUCAAACUGGUGCCCAAAUUGGAUGCUGGCACUGCAGACUGUAGCUUAAUCUGCUAUGCCACAGCACUGGCCCCUGCUUCCAAUCUUUUAAAAGCACAUUUUUGCUGAGAUAUAACUGCAUAAAUUUUACAUACUUAGUAUGUACAAUUUGAUGAGUUCUGAUACAUUAAUGCAUAUAUGAACAAAUUAUCACCACUUUCAAGAUAGUGAGCUUUUAUCUAUCAUAUCUCAAAGUUUCCUCUUGCAUGUCUCCUGCCCUCUGUACCACCCCAAUCAUCUAUACUCACUCCUUAGGCAACCACUGAUUUACUUUCUGUCACUAUAAGUUGAACUGCAUUUUCUAGAAUUUUAUCCCAUUUUUGGUAUGGCUACUAUAAUUCAGUACAAUCAUUUUGAGAUUCAUAUUGUAUUUGUCAAUAACUCAUUGAUUUAUUGAAUGGAUAUAGAUAUAUCAUAUUUUGUUUACAAUUUAACUUGAUGAAAAUUUAGAUAGUUACAUAUUUGGCUCUUGCAAAUAAAGUUGUUAUGAAUAUUCAAGUAUAUGUUUUUGUAUGGACAUAUUCUUUCAUUUCUUUUGGGUAGAUAUAUAAGAGUGGGAACAGCUAGGUCAUAUAGUAGAUGUGUAUUUACCUUUUGAAGAAAGAGUGGAAUUGUUUUCCAAAGUGGCUCAAUCAUUUAACAUGCACUGUACAUCAUCUGAAAUUUCCUGUUCAGUGUCCUCACCAAUACCUGGUACUGUCAAUGCUGUUAACUUUAGGCUUUAGUGGCGGCUCACUGUGAUUUUAGUUUGCAUUUCCCUAAUGAGUAAUUAUGUUAAAAUUUUUUUGUGGGGGCAUUUUCCAUACAUAUAUGAGGGA